AUGGCGAGACGGUACAUUCCUCUCGGGCUCGACAACUUUGAAGACAUCGAAGAAUAUCGGCCGGGCGGCUACCACCCUGUGCACUUGGGGGAUAUUCUCGAUGGAAGGUACAGGAUUCUUCACAAACUCGGGUCUGGCGGCUUCUCGACAACUUGGCUUGCUCGUGAUAACGUCGGCUAUCACGCGCUCAAGAUUCUAAAAGCCGAGGAGACAGAAUUGUCGACGGAGCUUCAAACGCUGGAGCGACUGGCGAGACUACAGGCUGUUCACCCCAAGGAUAGCCACGUGCGUCACUUAAUCGAUCAUUUUGUUGUCCAAGGCCCCAACGGGCAACAUGACUGCCUAGUGACAGAAGUGGCUGGACCGAGUAUAUACGAACUAUAUAAUGUUCCAGGACAUGGCUACGCUGCAGGAGCUCGGAGACUUCGAGUCGACAUUGCUCGCAAGAUCAUACGUCAGGUUGUGGAAGCAGUACAUUUCUUGCAUUCUCUCGAGAUAUGCCAUGGAGAUCUCACACCAUCAAAUGUGCUCUUGUCAUUAAGGUCAAUGACCGACUGGACUGAAGCGGAAGUAUACGAGAGAUUUGGUACACCGAGCACGGUGAAGCUUGUCAAAGCCUCAAAGUCUUCCUCGGACAACUCUGCACCUGAGUAUGUGGUGGAGCCUGCUAGUAUGCCCGAUGCGAAGUACUUCACGCACGAUGCCUUGCUCGUGGAUUUUGGCGAGAGCUUUCCAUUUAGCAAGCCGCCUAGUCCAGGGGAUAUUGGAAUCCCAGUCAGGUACCGCGCACCUGAGACGAUCUUCGAGUCGAAGCUCACUCCGGCCUCUGAAGCAUGGUCUCUUGCGUGCGUCCUAUUUGAGUUUCGAGCCGGGAAUCCUCUCUUCACCAGCAUCCUAGGCAGCAAAGAUGAGAUCAUCCAACAGAUGGUGCAGAUGAAAGGCAAGCUGCCCGAUCAGUGGUGGAAGUCGUGGGACAAGAGGUCUAUGUGUUUUGACGAGGAUGGCAAGCCCCUGAAAGAAUGGCCUAAUGGAAUUCCCAUGGCCGUCGAGUACCCGAUUGAAGAAAUGGUAGCGGAUAUUGGUAGUGAGGACGAUGAAGCUGCCAUGUUUGGAUCUGUGAUGUCAAUGCUAGAGCCAAUGGGUACAAGGGUUCCCGAGGAUGAGGCAGAGAACAUGAAGGAUUUUCUAAACGGCGUGCUAAAGUGGUCACCGGAUCAACGCUGGUCUAUCACGCAUAUUCUUCAACAUCCUUGGAUCUCGGGACAUAAUGGGCCGAUAUCAACAGCGUCGUACAGUAAUGCCGACCAGCCUUAA